AUGGGUUUAAAAACCGCGGGUCAACCGUCCAGAGUAAUGGGAAGACCACAAGAGAGAUGGACCGGGUCGGAAUCGAGCAAGACGAAAACUUUGGCUGUAGUUUUGACACUAACACUGGUGAAUACUGUUGGUUCCACUCAGGCUCUGGCUCUGUGCCACUACCUCGACACCCACCAUCAACAGCUCAGUCUUCCUGACAAGGCGGUCCUGGAAAUCGCAGCAGGAACUGGACUUGUGUCCAUCGUGGCAUCACUCCUGGGUGCAUGGGCGACAGCCAUCGACCUUCCAGAGACUAUGAACAACCUGAGAUUCAACCUGAGCAGGAACACAAGGGGGCACUGCAAAUAUCUGCCCCAGGUUGCAGUGCUGUCGUGGGACUUGGACUUGAAACAAACGUACCCUUCCUCCAUCUAUCGGUACGACUACGUGCUCGUAGCCAGCGCAGCGUAUCACCAAGAACACUUCAAAGAGUUUCUGUCCGCCAUGAGGCAUUUCUGUCGACCAGGGACGACCUUGAUCUUCGCCAUCAAGGUCAGAAUGGAGUUGGAGCUGAGGUGCGUAGAGGACCUUAAGAAAACAUUUCAUACAACGUUACUGUCCGACGACGGUAGUGUGCAGAUAUUCAAGGCCACGUGCAGAGAAGACGAGUUAGACGAGGAUGAGGAGGUGGAUCGCACCGUUCUGCAGUGUGAGAAAGAACGUCAUAUCGUCAACGAAGACAAUAAAACUGGAAACGUAACGGUUUUACUGAAACCUGAAAUGCUAGAAGCUAAAACAAGAAAUAAGGAGAACGAAGAAGAAGAAGUAGAAGAAGAGGGCGACACUGGAGAAACUGUCGACUGUACGGAGGACGGGGAUGAAGCAACAACAUCCGGUCCAAGCCACACCAGCACCACAACCAGUGACAAAGACUCCACUGGUGAGUCGCUCUCCUUCCUUCUCAUGCUGCUCUGUUACAGGUAGGUGUCUGAUUCUGGUCCACAUGCCAUAUGUUGAGCAUCUCUGAAUGAGAAGCUGUAGUUCAUACCAGGACCAUACCAGCAUUCUACAUACGUGAUUCUUUCAUUUCUGUGUUUUGUUCUCUAAAGCCAUAAAAUGAAAAGUUCUGAUUGGAUAUUUGUUUUCUCUUCCAGGACGGGAAGUGAGCAUCAACCAGCUGGUCCAACCUCCGCUCUGGGCUCCCAAAAUCAUCUACAGCCUGGCUAAAGAGAUCUACCACUACGUGGGCGAGGACAUUGUUAUUUAUGAAACCAUAGACUCCUAUGGUGCCAUCAUGUGGCCAGCGGUGAGUAUGCACCGUGCCUUAAACUUCAUCCAUUCACAGGUACUAGUCAUUAGGCAUUAGUACUUCAACUCUAAGUUUUUCAAAUAUUU